AUGUCAUGAUGUGGGAACACCAACUUCACGUGCAAACCUCAUUUUCAGAAAAAGAAAGUGUAACGGCCGUUCUUUUUUUAUUUUUCCUUUAGAGGGAAAAACCAGAAUACCUGCCGUUCUAACACAAGUAAAAAACACUUUAGGUCUGAAAAAAAAUAAAUGUAAAGCACCAACUCACAGAAUUUUUUAAACUCCAAUUCUUUUUUCUUUCAAUUCUCCCUGCUUAGGGUUUUGAAUUGGUCUUUUUAAUAUACAGAAGAAUCUAUCUGUUCUUCAUCUCCAGAAAUUUGUGUUUAAUAAUCUUCUUCCCCAGCUGUAUCUCUCUCUGUCUCUCUCCCCAUGACUUCAUCAAGGGGAGAAGAAGGAAAGAAUUCUUCAGAAAUGGCGGUGGAUCCACAAUUGCAUCAUCCUCACAACUCUUCUUCUGAGGAUGUUAGUGUAAUUAUGGAAAGUAUUGAUGCCGGUGGACUGGAGGAAACCAAAGGAACUCCUGGAUCGAAAGGGGAAGAUGAUGAUGCCAACAACUCUAGCAUUUCAGGAACUGGUGACAGGAGUUCGCCUAGGGGGACGAAUAUGUCUGAAGUGAAUUCAGAUCUUGAUAAACCACAGUUGAAAAUGAAUGAACCGACUUUGGAAAGGUCUAAAACUGAGAGGCGUCAACAAAGUCCAUUACCUGCUGAGCAGGCAGCACGCAUUUUUGAUGAAAAUUUGCCCAUUCAGAAAAAGUCUGCCAUUCAUUUGAGAAGUUAUUUUCCAAUUAUGCAGCUUGAAAUGCUGAAGCGGAUGGGUACUGUGAAACAUGAUGGUACUGUUGAGUUUGAAGUUCCAGUGGAUGCUAAACAUGGAGGUUUUGAUUUUGAAGAUGCUGGUAGUGAAGCUGUUGAUGAGGAACCUAUUGACUCAACAGACCUUCAGUAUAUACCACCGUUGCAAAUAGUAAUGCUUAUUGUUGGUACCCGUGGAGAUGUACAACCAUUUAUUGCUAUUGGUAAACGCCUGCAGGAUUAUGGUCAUCGUGUUAGACUAGCAACCCAUGGGAACUUCAAGGAGUUUGUCUUGACUGCUGGUUUGGAGUUCUAUCCUUUAGGUGGAGAUCCAAAAAUUCUUGCUGAAUACAUGGUAAAAAACAAAGGAUUUUUGCCUUCUACUCCUUCAGAAAUACCUAUUCAGCGUAAACAGUUGAAGGAAAUUAUCUUUUCUUUACUCUCGGCAUGCAAAGAACCAGAUCUCGAUUCUGGUAUUCCUUUCAAAGCAGAAGCAAUAAUUGCCAACCCUCCGGCAUAUGGACAUGCACAUGUAGCAGAGCAUCUAGAAAUACCGAUCCAUAUAUUUUUCACAAUGCCAUGGACGCCAACUAGUCAAUUUCCACAUCCUUUAUCCCGUGUCAAGCAGCAAGCUGGUUAUAGGGUAUCAUAUCAAAUUGUUGACUCAAUGAUUUGGCUUGGAAUCCGAGAUAUGAUAAAUGAAUUUAGGAAGAAAAAGCUGAAGUUACGACCAGUUACGUAUUUAAGUGGUGCCCAUGGAUCUGGAUCUGAUGUUCCUCAUGGGUAUAUCUGGAGUCCUAACCUCGUUCCAAAGCCCAAAGAUUGGGGGCCUAAAAUCGAUGUUGUUGGGUUUUGCUUCCUUGACCUUGCGUCAAAUUAUACACCACCAAAACCUCUGCUAGACUGGCUUGAAUCCGGUCCAAAGCCUAUCUAUAUCGGGUUUGGAAGCCUUCCUGUUCAAGAGCCUGAGAAAAUGACCCAGAUCAUUGUUGAAGCUCUAGAAAUCACCGGGCAGAGAGGCAUAAUCAACAAAGGGUGGGGUGGUCUUGGAGAAUUGGCAGAACCUAAGGAAUCAAUUUAUUUGCUGGACAACUGUCCCCAUGACUGGCUUUUCUUACAAUGCACGGCUGUGGUUCAUCACGGUGGUGCUGGAACAACAGCUGCUGGACUUAAAGCUGCGUGCCCAACUGCUAUUGUGCCAUUCUUUGGAGACCAGCCAUUUUGGGGAGAGCGAGUUCACGCUAGAGGUGUAGGUCCACCUCCUAUUCCUAUUGAUCAAUUUUCCUUGCAGAAGCUGGUAGAUGCAAUAAACUUCAUGCUGGACCCCAAGGUCAAGGAGGCUGCUGUGGAACUAGCAAAGGCCAUGGAAAAUGAGGACGGAGUUACAGGAGCUGUGAAGGCUUUCUUUAAACACCUUCCACGAAAAAAGCCUAUUUCGGAUCAACAGGCUACUACGCCAUUACCAUCAGGGGGUUUGUUUGGAUUAGGGAAGUGUUUUGGUUGUUCCUGAAUAUGCAGCUCCAUUUGUUGUCCCUUGGUUUUGUAUGCUGUGUUACUAAUUGUCACUGAGAUCUCUCACUUUCAAACUUCGAUCAUGUAUAGUUUAAACUCUUCCCAGACAAACCACAACUGCAAACUGGGUUAGAGUUCUGCUAACUAGUUACAUAUUCGGGACAUCACUCUCAGUUGCUGAAUAUUUAAAGUUGAGAAGUUUUGGAGUUGGAAAUGAUGUAAUUUCUGCAAUGUAAAUCUUUUUACCCUGCUUUAUUUUCUCUAAA